AUGUUGCGUCCCGCGAGGGCCGGCAUGGCCCUUAGCUGUCUCAUCACGUUGCUACUCGUCCCGUCGCUUGUCUCGGGAGCCGCCAUGCCCUCGCAAGGCGGCGACUCGUCGCAGCAGGCGCAACAGAUGGCGGACGACGCGCUCAAGGCGCUACAGGCCAGAAUAGACCAGCUAAACGCCGCUCUCGCGAAAGCAACUGCGGAGAAGCUGCAGGUUCAGAAAACUGUCGCGCAGCUUGCCGAUGUCGUGAAAAACAAGGCGGCUGCUUUGUCCCAGGCGAAAGACGCGGCGAGUGCUGCGACGAAGGCGAAAAUCGACGCAAUCGCGAUCGCGAAUGCGAAAGCGGCGGAACUCGCGAAAAACGCGGACAUUGUGAAAAAGGCGAAAGCUGCGGCGGAUGCGGCCGGCAAGGCGACGGCCAAGGCGCAAGCAGCGCUCGAGAGCGCGAAAAAGAAGGCGGCAAGUUCGCCGACGAAGGCUAACGCGGCCGCGUUGGAUAAGGCACAGAAGGACUACGAUGCGAAGCUCGCAACGUCGCAAACGGCGCUCGCGAGCCUCGCGACCGCGAACUCGGCCUACUCAACAACCGCCGCAGAUAAAGCUGCAGCGGAUAAGGCGGCGGCGGAUGCGACGGCGAGGGAGAGAAUAUCGUUGAAGCAAGCUUCGGACGCGCAGUCAGAAUAUGACGACGCGACGUCGACCACCAGCAGCUCCUCCUCUUCCUCGUCCUCCUCCUCCUCCGCGAUUCUCGGCAGCGCGGUCUUUAACGACGACAAGUACAACUACGCCGUCGGGAUUAACGACUGCGGUCCGCCCAACGACGUCGCGUGCAGCGACUCGCCGGCGACCUCCACGGGCCGGCUCAGCCGAUACGUCAUCCCCAACGGCGGGCGGUGCGCGGGCGCAGUAGCGCCGGUGUGCGCGGGAGGGGGAAUAACGUCGGCGGACUGCGCAACCGCGUGCGCCAACAUGGUCAACUGCACCUUCUGGCAGCACUUCCCCCCCCCUGAAGCGACUCUGUGCGCCAACUGCGGAGUGUGUUUCCUCUAUCAGCCCUCCGACCCCGCGCCCAAGUGCCAGACCAACAUGAUUUUCGCAGGAGGCCUCAACCGUCUAGAGGCCAAUAUAACUGCACGGACAGCAGCGGUUUGA